GAUCACUUUGAAAUUCUGCGGGCCAUCGGAAGGGCAGCUUUGGCAAGGUCUGCAUCGUGCAGAAAAAUGAUACCAAGAAGAUGUAUGCCAUGAAAUACAUGAAUAAGCAGAAGUGUGUGGAGCGCAAUGAAGUGAGGAAUGUCUUCAAGGAACUCCAGAUCAUGCAGGGCCUGGAGCACCCUUUCCUGGUGAAUCUGUGGUAUUCCUUCCAAGAUGAAGAGGACAUGUUCAUGGUGGUGGAUCUGCUCCUUGGUGGGGACCUGCGUUAUCACCUGCAGCAGAAUGUCCACUUUCAGGAAGACACGGUGAAGCUCUUCAUCUGUGAGCUGGCCAUGGCCCUGGACUACCUGCAGAGCCAGCGCAUCAUCCACAGGGAUAUGAAACCUGACAAUAUUUUACUGGAUGAACAUGGGCAUGUGCACAUCACAGACUUCAACAUUGCUGCUCUGCUGCCCAAAGAAACUCGGAUCACUACCGUAGCUGGCACCAAGCCUUACAUGGCACCUGAGAUGUUCAGCUCCAGGAAGGAAACAGGCUACUCCUUUGCUGUCGACUGGUGGUCCCUGGGGGUGACAGCUUAUGAGCUGCUAAGAGGCCGGAGACCGUACCAUAUCCGCUCCAGUACUUCCAGCAAAGAAAUUGUGAACAUGUUUGAGACGGCAAUUGUAACUUACCCUUCUGCUUGGUCACAAGAGAUGGUAUCCCUUCUGAAAAAGCUACUUGAACCUAAUCCAGACCAACGGUUUUCCCACUUGACCGACAUUCAGAGUUUCCCUUACAUGAGUGACAUGAACUGGGAUGCAGUGCUGCAGAAGAGGCUCAUUCCAGGCUUCGUUCCAACUAAAGGCAGGCUCAAUUGUGACCCUACUUUUGAACUGGAAGAAAUGAUUUUGGAAUCCAAACCUCUUCAUAAGAAAAAGAAGCGCCUGGCCAAAAAGGAGAAGGAGAUGAGGAAAUGCGACUCCUCUCAGACUUGUCUUCUUCAAGAGCACCUUGAUGCCGUUCAGAAGGAAUUUAUCAUUUUCAACCGAGAAAAAGUAAAAAGAGACUUUAAUCAAAGACAAGCAAAUCUAGCCUUGGAACAAGCCAAAAACAACCCAGAAGAAGAGGAUGGCCAGAAUAACAAUCUGUGA